AUGGGCGCGCCCAUCAAUCGCCUAAACGGCGAUGACAGUAGCUUACUGCACCACUUGGUAUAUAAUUUCCAUUACGAAUGCCUGCAGUCAGCAUUGGAACUAGGCGCACGAACAGAAGCCAGGUGGCACGUGGAUAGGAACAUUGGUGUGUUUCAGGAUGAGCUUGAGCAUGAGACUUCAAAGGGCGUGAAAACUCCGCUUCAACUUGCUGCAUACUUGGACGAAGUUGAAGCUGCUCGCUUGCUACUCAAGUAUGGAGCCGAUAUCAAUGCCCGCCCGAGCGACGAGUACGGCAGAACUGCGUUACAGGCAGCGACGUGUAACUUCAGAGAACAGUGUGGACAUGAAAUGCUGCAACUUCUGCUUUCCUUCAACCAGGACAUCAACGAACUACCAGCAAAUCAAGGAGGCCUCACAGCCCUACAGGGGGCAGCAAUAAGCGGCGAUUUAGGUGUUGCCAAGAUGCUGCUCGAACGCGGAGCAGAUAUCAACGCCCCUGCCGCAGCCGAGAACGGCAGGACGGCGAUCGAAGGAGCUGCUGAGCACGGCCGUCUGGACAUGGUACAGUUCUUGCUCGAGAACGGGGCCAAAGGUGAUCCGGAGACUGGCUUCUCCAGGGCAAUUGAGCUCGCAAAAGCAGAGACCCAUUUGGGAGUUGCAAAGGUUCUUGAGGAGCACGACGAGAUCUCGGCGCUCCUUGAUAUGGGGCUGGCGUAUGGAGCGAGUACUGACCUGGCCACUACUCUGCCAUCUCCGGGAAUGAUAUUCGACAUUUGA